GAGAGAGAGAGAGAGAGUUACUGUGUCAUUUAGACACGGGUAUAGUGGUCAUAGACUUCAGAAUAUUGGAGAUCUCUGAAAUCUUCUGUUUUCCUCUACUAAUCAUCGGUACCUUAUACCUGAGUUAACACCUUUUGGGGUAAAUUCUCUUUAUAUCUUUAGCCUGUUCCACAUAUUUACUUGGCCUCAAGUGGAGUUUUGUUUAAUUAACAUUUGCCUCUUUUUAACUUGUAUCUUUAUUUGGUGAAUGAGUCUAUAUCCUUGCUUUCCAUUUGUUUCACGACUUUGUAGAUUCAUCAUGUUCUCUCUCAAACUUCAUCUUUGUAGACCAGUUUUCUUGGGAGGGGAGGGAUAUAGAAGAGCAGGAAAGAAAUUUAUCAGAAAUGUCUGGGAGGCUUUUGCAAACACAGUGGCUCUGCUCACCCCUUUCCUGAGUAUACCAAAACCCUGGCUGGGGAGAUGUGUGUUUUGAGAAUGUCCUCAUACAAUUCUAGUGGUCGGCUCGCUCUAGCCUGUUAACAAUCACUGUGUUGAACUGAAGAACAUUAGACUUUAUUUUUCCUCAUAAGGCACUUCCUUCAUUGCUGCAAUAGCUCACAUUUGAUACUCAGCUGGGAUACCGUUGCCAGUCAUUGUGGGAUUGACCACGUUUGGGGAUUGCAGUGAAAGUUUAGCAGGCAUGAAAUGGAAGAUAGUACUUAACUAUGACUCCUGGGGCUCGUCCGACCUGUGCUGAUGCUAACCAGCCUUCUCCAUUCAUUUCCUCUUCACCUGCUUUACUCCUGGGUUUCCCUGGACAGAGCCCUCAGGUGACUGCAGGCUGGCAGGGAUGGAAAGGGCCAAUGCCACCUCCUUGGAGGGCUUCAUUCUGAUGGGCGUCUCGGACCAUCCCCAGCUGGAGAGGGUCUUUUUUGUAGUCAUCCUCUUCUCAUACUUGUUGACCCUAGUUGGGAACGGAACCAUCAUCCUCCUUUCCAGCCUGGAUGCUCGGCUCCACACACCCAUGUAUUUCUUCCUCAGCAACCUCUCCUCCCUGGACCUUGCCUUUACUACUAGCUCCGUCCCCCAAAUGCUCGUCAACCUGUGGGGGUCAGACAAGACCAUCAGCUAUGGUGGCUGUGUGACCCAACUCUAUGUCUUCCUGUGGCUCGGCGCUACUGAGUGCAUCCUGCUGGUGGUGAUGGCGUUUGACCGCUAUGUCGCCGUGUGCUGGCCCCUGCACUACACCGCCGUCAUGAACCCUCGGCUCUGCUGGCUGCUGGCUGCCAUUGCCUGGUUGGGGGGCUUGGGCAACUCUGGGGUCCAGUCCACAUUCACUGUGCAGCUUCCUCUUUGUGGGAACCGGAGGCUGGACAGCUUCCUGUGUGAAGUGCCCGCCAUGAUCAAAAUGGCCUGUGGAGACACGAGUCUCAAUGAGGCUGUGCUCAAUGGUGUGUGCACCUUCUUCACUGCCGUCCCACUAAGCAUCAUCCUGGUUUCCUACUGCUGCAUCGCGCGGGCAGUGCUGGAGAUCCACUCAGCGGAGGGACGGAGAAAGGCCUUUAACACGUGCCUCUCCCAUCUGCUGGUGGUGCUCCUCUUCUAUGGCUCGGCCAUCUAUGGGUAUCUGCUGCCAGCGAAGACCAGCAGCCAGGACCAGGGCAAAUUCAUUUCUCUCUUCUACUCCGUGGUCACACCCAUGGCGAACCCUCUCAUCUACACUCUGAGGAACAAGGAGGUGAAGGGGGCGCUGAGGAGGCUGCUGGGGAAGGGAAGAGAAGUCAGCUGAAGGCCAGGAAAGCUCCAUCAUGUACCACCUCUUCCUUUCUACAUGCUUUUUCUUAUUUUCUCUCUGGCCAGGUGAGCAUGAGGAGUGCCAACACCAGCGCAAUCUGUUCUUGACAGCACAAAGCUGUUGGUACAUGGUUAGUGUUAUUUCCAGUGUUCUGUAUUUAUUUACCAAAUAUCCUGCUGUGGACCACAGGGAGCAGGGCCGACUCAUGUCACUGAUGGUUCAGAUGUUGUUGACUUAGUACAAACUUAGCUCACUAUCACUGUUGUCCACAUUUUAUUAUAUAUAAUAACUAUCAUUGUAUUUCUAGAGGAUUCUAUACUUCUUCAAAGAAAACAUAACUAUUUGCAGUAUCUUAUACCAUUCCAUAAAAUCAAGCCAAGUAUUACUCAUUCCAAUUGAAAACCCAAGAAAUUCAUCUUUGUAACUUACCAUCAUCUUUGUCCACCUCUUCCUGAUAUUUCAAGUCUGUGUACCCAACUUCCCACCCAUAUAUCCCUCUGUCAUCAUGUUUACCCUCUCUUUAAGGUCUACAUCCCAUUUCCCCUUUUGCCUCAAUCAAUAUUGAAUGAUAAGUGGUAGGAAAAGCCCAUUUUCUUUCAGUUAGUUUUUUUAAAAUCAUUUCCCUACUAAAGUCCCAGCCAUCAGGUUUGUUGACAGCAUUUGGCUAAUAUGGUCAGUGGAUUGUGGAAGAUCUGAGAUUCCUUAAACAAGUUUAAGAGCCCAGGAAAGAUUAUCCCUCAUAAAGCAUCUCCUCUGCCUCAAGAGCUAGUGUUUUACCCCUAACGUUUCUGGAACUCAGCUAUCAGUCCAGCACACCAUACCUCCCCUUGAGGAACUCAGGCAUUGGAAUUAAAAUGCCAGGAUGUGAUUCUAUGCAUUAUCACAGCUGCCAGCGUCCACACCUGCCACCAUGGUUCUUAUACUCUUUCCCCAGGGAGAGAAGCUGGGUUGAUCUGAGGAAGUUGCUUGGCAACUACAUUACCAGAGAAAAGGACAUCAGUAGGUUUUAGGGCUACCUUCUAAAGAGUCUUAUGCCUCCCGGAGCACCGAAACACAUGCCUCUUACACAGUAGAUGCUCAAUAAAUGCUUAGUGAGUUGACCUAAUUAACAAGCCUCAUGAGUCCCCUUUUUUACACUAGGAACUAAAUACUUCAAAUGAACCAUUUUCACGUUCGCCCCUUUGGAGUCAUCCAGUAGCCUGGACAAUGCUGAACAAACCAUGACAAAUUUCCCCCCUUUCCACAUUUCUGUAAUGCCCCCCAAAUACAUCUAGUUAUAUUGUCCCAAUCUGAAUUUGUUUUUCCAGUUACAGAUCAGAGCCAUGACCUAUUUUCUCAGUUCUUUACACAGUAAUACUGAAGUAUGUCUUCAGGACUUGCCAACAUUAUCGUGGUGAAUUCCUCAAAGUCCAGAAUCUUGCAGUCUCAAAAAUUUUAUUUAUCUUCUAUUUUUUGUGACCAUACCCAUAGCAUUGUAAGUCCCCAGGGCAGGGAAUCCAAGCCACAGCUGUGGCAAUGAUGGAUCCUGAUCCCACUGAACUAGGCUGGGGAUCAAACCUAUGCCACUGUGAACAACACUGGAUCCUUAACCCGCUAUGCCACAGCAGGAACUCCCUUAAAAUUUUUACUGAUCAGCACACUCAAAUUAGGUGAAGUUUUAAUUUUUCUUUUCUUUCUUUCUUUUUUUUUUUAGGGCCACACCCUUGGCACCUGAAGUUCCC